AGGUGGUUCUGCUUCUGAGCGUGGAAACCGCUUGUAUCGAUACACCAUCCUUUCAAGAUGGCAGCAAGCUCCCUCCUUUUUAGCUUAUGCAUUGGCCUCCAAAUUUUCUCUGGAUUUGCUGACAAACUGUUCUUGAACAUCGAUUGUGGAACAAUGGGUACGCGCACUGACAGCCGGGGCAUGGAAUGGGUCGGCGACGACAGUUAUAUCAAUGCAGGGAGUGCUUUACCUGCCGUAGUGCAAAAUAAUAGUGAUUUGUACGGACAAGAGAUCAACAGCCUCCGAUACUUUCCCUCCCAAAAGAAAAGCUGCUACGUGAUCCCAGGCGUGAACAGGGGAAGGAAACACAUGGUUCGAGCAUCCUUCUUCUACGGCAACUACGAUGGGAAAUCAUCGCCGCCAUCCUUCCAUCUUCAAUUUGAUGGCAACCAUUGGGACAGCGUGACAACUUCAUCCAACAAGUCCUACUAUUGGGAAGUAAUAUAUGCACCCAAGAGAGAAAACAUCAGCGUCUGUGUUGCUCGGAAAUCGCCCGACCAAAUUCCUUUCAUCUCAGCUCUUGAAAUUAGGGAAUUUGAGCCGGGCAUGUACGAGACGGAUGGCGAAGAAGACUUUCUUCUAUGGGGGCAGAGGAAAGCAUUCGGAUCGAAAGUCUUUGUUAGGUAUCCUGAUGAUUCUUAUGACCGUUAUUGGCAUCCAAGUGGUGAGAUCGACGGCACCGUGACCGUGGCGAGAGAUAACAUGAGCUUCAUAAAAAACUUCACGGAUAUUCCGGGAUUGGCAUUAGCCCACGCCAUAACUCCAGCGUCGAGCAAUGCUACGACUCUGACAGUCCCAUUGUAUUUGGAAGAUGAUACAUAUUACUACAGUUUCUAUUUCUCCGAAGUGUUAGAGGCAGCUUACCAGAAUAAGAGCAGGUCUUUCGAUUUCCUUGUUGAUGACGAAAAGCUUAACGACUACGGUUCUAUAAUCCCACCUUAUCAGUCAGAUGAGUGGAUGCAUUACAAUCACGGUGGUCGGAGACUGACUGCUGGAUCAAACAUUUCCUUGGUCAAUACACCAGAUGCAUCCCUUCCUCCCAUCCUCAAUGCCAUGGAGCUUUUUAAACUCAAGACAGGACUAGCUGACGGAACUAGCAGAAAUGAUGUGAACGCUUUGAAGGUGUUGCAGGGUCAAUAUCAACAGCUUCAAUCAUGGGCAGGUGAUCCAUGCCUUCCUGCAGGGUCCACUUGGGAUUGGCUCAACUGCAAUGCUAACGAUUCACCUAGCGUUACUGAACUUCACCUUAGCGGGUUGAGCUUGAUCGGUACCCUUCCAGACUUCAGUGGCCUGACUGCGCUUGAGAUAAUUGAUCUCAGUAACAACAGCUUGAACGGUCAGAUCCCAGAGUUCUUAGGGAGAUUUCCUUUCUUGAAAGAGCUGAACCUAGCAGACAACAAAUUCACCGGAUCCCUACCGGCAUCGUUGGCAGGCAGAAAAAUAAAACUAAAUACAGGGGGAAACAACCUCAAUGAAUCCAAGCCAAGCCCAAACAAGCCAAGUCCACCCACAAGAGAAGGCAGAAGAAGUGUGAAGCCGAUCAUAAUUGGAGUAUCAGUCGGCUCAGCUGUCUUACUUCUAUUGCUAGUUGGUUAUAUUGUUUAUGCAUGCCUUCGAGGCCAACGUCCUGAGCAAUCACCUACUAAUGUUGUGGUUGUGAAUAAUAUAGAGAAUCAGACGAAGCAACAGACUGGAUGGAUGCAGCUAGUGCCUAACCAUGGAUUCACCCAUGAAGAGAUUGUGAAGAUCACAUGUAACUUUGAAACCAUUAUUGCUGAAGGAGGAUCAGCUUCUGUUUAUUAUGGGUGCCUUAAUAGUGGCAAAAAAGUUGCAGUCAAAGUAUUGAAAGAUUUGCACCAACGAGGACCUAAAGAAUUUGUUGCAGAGGUCAAGUUGUUAGCAACAGUGCAUCACAAAAACCUUGUCCCAUUUGUUGGAUAUUGUGAUGAAGGAAUGAACAUGAUUGUGCUCUACGAGUACAUGCAGAAUGGAAGCUUAAGAGGCCUCUUAUCAGGCAGGAAAACCACAACAACACCCUUAACAUGGAAGAAGCGGCUGCAAAUAGCUUUGGAUGUUGCAAUAGGUUUGGAGUAUCUACACUCAGGUUGCCAACCAGCCAUCAUUCAUAGAGAUGUAAAGACUACAAACAUCCUUCUUAAUGAACGACUAGAAGCCAAGCUAGCAGAUUUUGGGAUUUCUAGGGCUGAUGAGAAGACUCAAACAUCAACCGGGAUUGCUGGCACCCCUGGAUACAUUGAUCCGGAGUAUUCCGAAACAAGCAUUCUCACCAAAAAGAGUGAUGUUUAUAGCUUUGGUAUUGUUCUUUUUGAGCUUAUUUGCGGCCACCCAGCUAAAUUCGGCACCCCCGAGCAGUACUUUCAUAUUGUUCAAUGGGCGACAUCAAAUAUUGUGAGUGGUGAAAUAGAUAGCAUUGUUGACCCAAGGAUUAAAGGGCAGCAUAAAAUGAAUUCUAUGCAAAAGGUUGUAGAGGUAGCAAUCGCAUGUACUGCACGGAGUUCUGCAAAGAGGCCACACAUGUGUAAGAUUCUGAAUGACUUGAAUCAGGCAAUGGAGAUGGAGAUGGAGGCUGGUUCCGAGGAGCUCGAAGUUUCAGCUAUAGAAGUUGUGAUUACUUCAGAGUCUUCAACUGAAACAUCUCAUCCUGUGCCCAAAUCACCAAGGACAUCCAUUAGAAAGUCAGAAGCUUAAUUUCACAUCAACAUCGUAGCAGACAAAAGAAAGCUUCAAUGCAACAUUAGCUGAUCUUUUGCUCCUUGACAAUCGAAUCACUUAAAACAUUUAUGGAUAGUGAUGAUGAAUAAGCAUUUCAUGAGUGGAUUUAAGU